AUGAGAAAUCUCCAGCGAGGGGAUGCUUUAAGCCAGGCUGAUUGCUAUGUGACACUGUGGCUGCCUACUGCUACAUGUGAAAAGUCCCGCACCAAAACUAUAAGAAACUCCAACAAUCCGGUUUGGAACGAAAGCUUCUACUACAGAAUCCAGAGUCAGGUCAAGAAUGUGCUGGAGCUGACUGUGUAUGAUGAGGAUUUUGCUACUCGAGAUGACCAUCUCUUCUCUGUGCUCUUUGAUACUGCUAAACUUCCAAUUGAAAGAACAGUUCUCCUGUAUUUUAAGCCUGAUCCAAAGGCCAAGGAGGAGCUAGAGGUCGAAUUCAAAUUGGAAAGCCUUUCUGGUCCUCAUGAAGCCAUUGCUACCAAUGGAGUCCUAGUGUGUCGUGAACUGUGCUGUUUGGAAGUUGAAGUGACUGAAAAGAAGCAGCAAAAAUCAAGGACCAGGGACAUUACCCUAGGACCUGAAGGAGUUGCCAGCCCUCCAGGUCCCACCAAGUUCCACUAUAUCAAGUAUGCAGAGCCAACACUGGAUGUCAUGUUGCCAAAGAAGAGGCGCUACCACCCCUGGACCUGUAAGUUCAGUACGGAGACAGGCUCCCCAGUGGUGAUGCUGAAUUCACUGCCCAUGGGAAAGGAAAUGACAGUUGCAGAGGAGAAAAGAUUUGAUCUGAAUGUGAAAGCAGAAAGCUGUAAUUGCUCAUGCAACCAAGACCUGGACAUGCGGUUUGGCUUUGACUUAUGUUCAGAGGAAAUGGAUUUCCUGUGGAAAAGGAAGAGACAUGUAGCAAAUGCUCUGAAAAAUGUUUUUCACCUGCAACGGGACCUGCAGCAGCAUGAAGUCCCUGUGGUGGCUAUCAUCACAACAGGCGGAGGACUGAAAUCCAUGACAGGACUCUACGGCAGUCUACUGGGGCUCAAGAAAUUAAAUCUCUUGGACUGCAUAACAUACAUCAGUGGGCUAUCUGGCACCACGUGGACCAUGGCAAACUUAUACAGAGAUGCCUAUUGGUCACAGAAGGACCUAGAUUGGCAUAUUGGUGAAGCCAAGAAACAAGCAACCAAAUGCAAGAUGGGCUGUUUCUCUAUGGAUCGUAUGAAGUACUAUAACAAGCAACUAUGUCAGCGGAAAGAAGAGGGAUACAGGACAUCAUUUAUAGAUCUUUGGGGACUCAUGAUUGAAUACCUACUAAAUGAUGGGAAAGAUCCUCACAAACUUUCAGAGCAGCGAGAAGCACUGUGCGAAGGUCAGAACCCAUUGCCCGUAUAUGUGUCAGUCUGCGUCCGGGACAACUAUAGCACUCACGAUUUCAAAGAAUGGGUGGAGUUCACCCCGUAUGAGGUGGGAUUACUGAAGUACGGAGCAUUUAUUCGCACAGAGAAUUUUGGAAGUGAGUUCUUCAUGGGACGCAUGCUAAAAAAGCUCCCAGAAUCCCGGAUCUGCUACCUUCAAGGUAUGUGGAGUAGUAUAUUUUCUGUGAACCUAUUACAAAUAUGGGGACUGUCCCACAGUUCAGAGGACUUCUGGAAGAGAUGGACCCAAGACAAAAUAGGAGAUGUCGAUGAAGAUCCAGUAUUGCCUACAAGACCCCAUGAGCUAAGGACUCGCACAUAUACUCCUCCCGGUCCCCUUUCUAAUGCUCUUCGAGGUGCCUUAACUGACCGCUUCUCAGUUGCCCAGCAUCACAAUUUCCUGAAGGGCUAUCAGCUGCAUAAUAACUACCUCGAGAAUGAACACUUUUGUCGAUGGAAAGAUACCGUGUUAGACACACGUCCCAAUCAGCUGAUGCAAAAUCCUGAUCACCUGGGCAUGAUAGAUGCUGGAUUUUUCAUCAAUACCAGCAGUCCACCGCUUUUAAGGCCACAGAGGGAAGUGGAUGUCAUCAUAUAUUUAAGUUACACUACUGGAUCACACACAUCAUCUCUGGACAAGGCCUACAAAUACUACUCAGAACAGAAAAUCCCAUUCCCCAAAAUUUCUUUGAGUGAUGAAGAUAAGAAAAAUCUAAAGGAGUGCUACCUCUUCCAAGAUUCAGAUUCGCCAAGAUGUCCUAUUGUGAUUUUUCUUCCACUUGUGAAUGAUACCUUCCGAGAGUACAAAGCACCUGGUGUAAAGCGCUGCUGCUCAGAGAUGGAGGGAGGACAACUUGAUUUGACCAGUCGCUGUUCGCCCUACUGCAUGUUCGCGGUCAGAUAUUCCGAUGAGAAUUACCAUCGGCUGCUAAACCUCAGCGAAUACAAUGUCCUGAAUAACUCUCAGAUGAUUAUGCAGGCCUUGCACAUAGCAAUGCAACGGAGAAGACAAAAUAUGUGCUAA